UAGCGCGUUGAUGCAUUUGGACCUCCCGAUAAAAGGAGUCACCUUUCGCAGUGACCGCGAAUGACUCCGACAAGAAAAUUCUUAGAAACCCAAAACACCUUCUUCUUCCUCCUUCUUCUUCUUCCUAUUUUUCUCUCUCCUCUCUGAAACUCGGAGAGAGAGAAAAACCUCAAAAAAAGGCAAUUUUUGUUUCUAACAAUCAAAAAAAUUGAUCACAUUAAUAGUAAUAACAAUAUUAGAAAAAGAAAAAUGGCGCCUGCCAUGGAUCAUCCACGCCCAAGAUCUUUGAAACCCAUAACUAUUCAUGGGUUUGCACAGUCGGGUGAUUUUAUUGGGUUUCAAAGAUUGCUCAAAGAAAAUCCUUCUCUUCUUAAUGAACGUAAUCCUGUUAUGGUACAAACUCCUCUUCAUGUUGCUGCUGGUUACAACAAUGUUGAGAUUGUUAAAGUUCUGCUUGAUUGGAAGGGUGUAGAGAAGGUUGAGCUGGAAGCCAAGAAUAUGUAUGGGGAGACUCCAUUACACAUGGCCGCAAAGAAUGGCUGCAAUGAUGCUGCUAAGCUGCUUCUUUCUCAUGGUGCAUAUAUAGAGGCAAAAGCCAAUAAUGGAAUGACACCCUUGCAUCUCGCUGUUUGGCAUUCACUUCGAUCAGAUGACUGCUCGACCGUGAACACCUUGCUGGAGUAUAAUGCUGAUUGCAGUGCCAAAGAUGAUGAUGGUAUGACCCCUCUGAAUCAUUUAUCACCAGGUCCUGGGGGUGAGAAAUUGCGGCAGUUAUUGAAUCAGUAUCUCGAGGAGCAGAGGAAGCGCAGAGCCCUUGAAGCUUGUAGUCAGACAAAAGCUAAGAUGGACGAACUUGAGCGUGAUUUGUCAAACAUUGUGGGCUUACAUGACCUUAAGUUGCAGUUGAGGAAAUGGGCUAGGGGGAUGCUUCUUGAUGAAAGGCGUAGAGCUCUUGGAUUAAAGGUGGGUGCUCGAAGACCACCACACAUGGCAUUCCUUGGCAAUCCGGGAACAGGCAAAACUAUGGUGGCCAGAAUACUUGGAAAAUUACUCCAUAUGGUGGGAAUUUUACCCACUGAAAAGGUGACGGAAGUGCAGAGGACAGAUUUGGUGGGUGAGUUCGUUGGUCACACGGGGCCAAAGACUAGAAGAGUGAUUAAGGAAGCCGAAGGGGGGAUUCUUUUCGUGGAUGAAGCCUACCGUCUUAUACCAAUGCAGAAAUCAGAUGAUAAGGAUUACGGGUUGGAGGCUUUGGAGGAGAUUAUGUCAGUCAUGGACAACGGGAAGAUAGUUGUCAUAUUCGCUGGGUACAGUGAGCCUAUGAAACGGGUAAUAUGCUCCAAUGAAGGAUUUUGCAGACGAGUGACAAAGUUUUUCCAUUUUGUUGAUUUCAAUACAACGGACCUAGCCAAUAUUACCCAUAUAAAGAUGAAUAACCUAACCGAAAGUAGCUUGUUAUACGGGUUUAGGCUACAUUCUUCCUGCACCUUAGAUGUUAUUGCAGCACUAAUAGAGAGAGAAACCACCGUAAAGCAAAGGCAGGAGAUGAACGGAGGUUUGAUUGAUCCGAUGUUGGUUAAUGCUCGAGAAAAUUUAGACCUUAGGCUUAGCUUUGAUUGUUUGGACACAGAUGAAUUGCUGACGAUCACUUUAGAAGAUUUAGAGGCAGGCCUUCGAUCUUUGUCACAAGGAGUGUGAGAUCUCGAUCAACGAAGAAGGGAUUAUCCAUAGCUAAGAAGCUCUAGUUUUCAAUAGUUAGGGCAUAGGGGUCAUCAAUCAAUCAAAUCUUCUUAUGGCUUGGUGUUGAUCAAUCAUCAUUCUCAAUUCUUUUGUAUUAAGGUUGUUCAUGACUCCUCUAUUCUUUAAGGUGAAGGAAGGCAUAUUUUUUUGUCUUUUUCUUUGGGGUGAUAUUUAUUUUCUAUGGUCUAAUGUUCAAGAAUUGAUUGUAAAAUUGAUAUAUAAAGUAUUUGAUGAAUGUUGUAAUAAAUCAAGUUCUGUAUGAAUAAAGAAAUAUAUUGAUUCUUUAGUUCUA